CUGAUUGGGUUAGUCUCCAGCGAAAUGUGCCACGCGGUGUACCAAAUAUUAUUCGGGCUCUGGAUGCUGCUCUGCUCCAGCUCCAGGGUCAGCUGCCUGCAAAUGAGCAAUUGCAACAAGACGGAGGUGACGAUGAUCCGGGACAUGGAGGUCCUGACAUCCCUGACUCUGAGCAACUGCAGCCUGCCGCACCUUGAGAAUGCAUUCUUCAUGCGGUUCGGCCGCCUCCUGCACCUGGAGCUUCACCAUAGUGGUCUGAGUAGCUUGGAGGACUUCUUCCUGCAUGGUCUGCCCCGGCUGCAGACCCUCUCGCUCUCCCACAACAACCUGAGUAGGCUGAGAUCGUGGUCAAUCGAGCCCCUGGGGGCACUAACCGCCCUCGAUCUCAGUCACAAUAGUCUGUCCAGCCUGGCGGCCCACAGCUUCGUGCUCUAUCCACAGCUGCAGGUGCUCAACUUGGCCUCCAAUCAGAUCGAUCGGAUUGCAGAUGACACCUUCUAUGGCCUCUCGCACCUAAAGCACCUCCAGCUCAAUGGAAAUCGACUGACGCUCAUCGAUGGCAGCCAAUUUGAUGGCCUGCAUCGUCUCUCCAGUCUGACGCUGCAACAUAAUCUGAUUGCAGGCGUGGAUCCAGUGGCCUUUGAGAGCAAUACACAUCUCCGCAGUCUCCGCCUGGAGGGGAAUUUAUUGAGCAGUCUCCAAUUCCUCACGCAGCGCGGUCUUGCGCGCUUGGCACAUUUGAAUCUGGCGAACAACUUGCUGCAGGAGCUGGAGCCGCAGGGAUUUGGGAAGAACUUUGAGCUCCAAGACUUGGACCUGAGUCACAACAAUUUGACUGAACUAACCAAGGAAAGUUUACUGGGACUGGAUUCAUUAGAGCGACUCAACAUCAGCCACAACACUCUCUCCCACCUCGAGGAUGGGAGUCUGGAGUCGCUUGUCAGUCUGCUGCAAAUCGACGCCAGCUUCAAUCAACUGACUUCCGUAUCGGAAAGUUUGUUCCAUGCCAACACCCAACUGGAGGAGAUAGUUCUAUCCCACAAUCGAAUCGCAGAUAUAUCGCCCAAGCUGAUGCAACAUCAGACGCACUUGCAGCAUCUAAAACUGGACGGAAAUUCCCUCAUCGAAGCCGCCUUCUUGCAAAGACUCCCUCCAGCCCUAAACCGCCUGUCCCUGGCUGUGGAUCUCAGCUCGAAUCGCCUCCACUCGGUCAACUUGAGCAGCCUGCUUCAUUUUGGGCACAUCAAUCUGGCCGAUAACCACUGGAGCUGUGCCUGGCUGGUGAAGAACUUGCUGCUCAGGGCUCCCAGCUCCCUUAACUUUGCUCGGAACUGGAGCCUGUUGAGCGAUUGGAACGAGGACUUGACCAAGGUGCAGGGCAUAGACUGUAUCGAGGGCGGCCGUAACCGUUCGAUUGUGCUCCUGAGUGUCGGCGAGGCCAUCCACAGCAAAGUUCAGUGUGCGAAAUCACAGAAGUCUGACGAGCUGAAUCCAGCGCCUCCGCCACUGACCUGGCCCAAGAUUCCCACAGAUCGCUUUGACUCUCGAUCGGUGAUCAUCUGGAUGCUGGUGGCCAUAGCCAUCGCCUUUGCCUGUCUGCGUUGGCUGCGGCGCUUCGUGGAUCGCAAGGAGCAGAGCAAACGGAAACUGAAGGCCAUCAAUGAAGUGUACAUCAGCAAAAUGGAAUCGCAGCCCAUCAGACAUGAGCGCGAGAGAUCAUAGUCCACAGCCUUGAGCUGAGCCUCGGACCGCCGAGCAACAAAUUCAACCAAACAUAUCCAAUAUAUAUGUAUAUUCGUAUGUAUGUAUGUAUAAUAUAAUUAUCAAUGUCAAUCAAAGUUGAUUAAAACCUAAACCUAAGCUAA